UAUUUUUAGGCAGGACACUGCCAACUAUUGGAUGGGCGGGUGCUGGGAUCGGGGAAAACAGCGGCUAUUGCUACUAGCCGCCAGCUACAAGAGGACGCUAAUAUUAGGCGACUAUACUCUUCCCGUGGUACUGGUUUUAAAGAAAAACAUUUUAACACGCUUCCGCACCCCAAGCCCAUGGCAACAAGAGGGGCGAUGGUCCAUGAACCUUCAUGGACGCACAGAAAGUGGCUAGUCCACCAGCAACAACACCAAGUACUGGAGCCCAGAUAACAGUGUAACCGAUAAACCAUGAUCCCCAUCACUGAACUGCGGUACUUUGUGGACACACAACCGGCCUACCGUAUCCUGAAGCCAUGGUGGGACGUGUUCACCGACUACAUCUCCAUCGUCAUGCUCAUGAUCUCUGUGUUUGGAGGGACCCUGCAGGUCACCCAAGACAAGAUGAUCUGCUUGCCUUGCAAAUGGGUGGUGGAUCAGACCUGCAAGAAAAACUUAAAUUCUACGUUCAGCCCAUCGUUUUCAUUGGAGCCCAAAGGAAUUCAGUAUGAUUUGGACCGCCACCAGUACAACUAUGUAGACGCUGUGUGCUACGAAACAAGGUUGCACUGGUUCGCCAAGUAUUUCCCUUAUCUAGUGUUACUCCACACCCUUAUUUUCCUAGCAUGUAGCAACUUCUGGUUCAAGUUCCCUCGGACGAGCUCCAAACUCGAACAUUUUGUGUCCAUCUUACUGAAGUGCUUUGACUCUCCGUGGACCACUAGGGCUUUGUCAGAGACGGUAGUCGAAGAAAGUGAUCCGAAACCAAUGAAAAUGAACGGCUCGAUGGAGCACAAAGAGUCCGUCAUCAGUGAAGAUGUGGAGGCGAGUGUUCCGAUGCUCCAAAGGACAAAGACACGCCUGGAGCAGGGCAUUGUGGACCGAACCGAAACUGGAGUUUUGGACAAGAAAGAAGGCGAGCAGGCUAAAGCGCUGUUUGAAAAGGUGAAAAAGUUCAGAAUACACGUGGAAGAAGGCGACAUCGUGUACCGACUGUACAUCCGUCAGACUAUUAUCAAGGUCAUCAAAUUCAUUUUGAUAAUAUGCUACACAGGGUAUUAUGUGAACGACAUCAAGUUCAGCGUCGACUGUAACGUUGAUAUCGAGAGUCUGACAGGUUACAGUGUUUAUCGCUGUGCUCAUCCGUUGGCUACCCUUUUUAAAAUCUUGGCCUGUUUCUACAUUAGCUUAGUGGUGGUCUAUGGGCUGAUCUGCAUGUACACUCUGUGCUGGAUGCUGCGACGCUCCCUCAAGAAGUAUUCCUUUGAGUCAAUACGGGAAGAGAGCAGCUACAGCGACAUACCCGAUGUCAAGAACGACUUUGCCUUCAUGUUGCACAUGAUAGAUCAGUAUGACCCUCUUUACUCCAAGCGCUUUGCCGUGUUCCUCUCGGAAGUAAGUGAAAAUAAACUGAGGCAGCUCAACCUCAACAAUGAGUGGACUCUAGACAAGCUCAGGCAGAGGAUAACCAAGAACUCCCAGGAGAAGCUGGAGCUGCACCUUUUCAUGCUCAGCGGCAUUCCCGACACAGUAUUUGACCUGAUGGAGCUGGAGGUUCUCAAACUGGAGCUGAUACCGGACGUGACCAUCCCGCCAAUCAUUGCUCAGCUCGUAAACCUGCGAGAGAUGUGGCUUUACCACACCCCGGCUAAGAUUGAGGCCCCGGCGUUGGCGUUCCUGCGCGAAAAUUUGAAGUCCCUGCACAUCAAAUUUACAGACAUCAAAGAAAUUCCUUUGUGGAUUUACAGUUUGAAGAAUCUAAGUGAGCUCCAUCUUACCGGGAAUCUGAGCGCUGAGAACAACCGCUACAUUGUCAUCGACGGGCUGCGGGAACUCAAGAGGCUCAAGGUUCUUCGUCUCAAGAGCAACCUCACCAAGCUGCCUCAGGUUGUGACCGACGUGGGCAUGCAUCUCCAGAAGCUGUCAAUCAACAACGAGGGCACCAAGCUCAUGGUGCUGAACAGCCUGAAGAAAAUGGUCAAUCUGACAGAGCUGGAGCUGAUCCGCUGCGAUCUGGAGCGCAUACCGCACUCCAUCUUCAGCUUGCACAACUUGCAGGAGAUCGACUUGAAGGACAACAACCUAAAGACCAUCGAGGAGAUCAUCAGUUUCCAGCACCUUCACAGGCUGGUCUGCCUUAAGCUCUGGUAUAAUCAAAUCGCCUACAUUCCCAUUCAGAUUGGCACACUGAUCAAUUUGGAGAAACUGUACCUGAACCGGAACAAAAUUGAGAAGAUCCCCGGACAGUUGUUUUACUGCCGCAAGCUCCGCUUCCUGGACCUGAGCCAUAACAACCUAACCAACAUCCCGGCUGACAUUGGAUCCCUGCAGAACCUUCAGUACCUUGCAGUGACAGCCAAUAGAAUCGAGAGCCUUCCAAAUGAGCUGUUCCAGUGCAAGAAACUGCGCACUUUGAACCUGGGGAACAACUGCCUGCAGUCUCUGCCGUCACGCUUUGGAGAGCUGACGGCCCUGACACAGCUGGAGCUGAGAGGCAACCGUCUAGAGUGUCUGCCCGUGGAGCUGGCCGAGUGCCGGCAGCUGAAGAGAACUGGUCUGGUGGUGGAGGAAGACCUCUUCAACACCCUGCCCACCGAGGUCAAAGAACAGCUGUGGAGAACGGACAAGGAGGCCAUUUAAGCACGGCUGUGAGUUAAUCAAUACUCACUGACUUGAGACAAGUCCAUGCCAACACUCAGACCGGAUGGUGUCAUGUGGAGCCAGGAAAAGGUCACCAGUUUUGUUUUCAUCGCCUCAUAGCUUUCCUGCUGUUGUUUUUUUAAUGUGUAAGUUUGUACACAAAGUCACUAAUGAGGCUUUUUAGCAAUAAUACUAUAAUAAUCCCAAAGGAACAUUUGA